CCUGCGCUUCCUGCAACCUGCUGUUACGUUUUGCCGAUUUUGACAAUUAGUCGUAAAUGUCAAAGUCCCCCGUCUUCUUGCCAUUGCAAGCCAUUUGAUAUUUGCAAAAUAAGCGCCAGACACACGUAUCCGGAAUAAAAAUUACCAGUGCAAACAAACAACAGUGCGCAACGCAGUUUAUCAGUAUGUUAUUAACCGUUUGAUAAUAACGCUGUGUGAAGAGAGUAUCCGCAGAACUUGCCAACGCCUGUCGCAGACAAAUUCCACACGCCGCACGCGGUAUAUUCAGUAGAAAUCAAAGUCCACGAUUGAAUCAAAAAAAUAUGCAGCAGCUCAACGCUGACGCGCAGGAGUGGUUCCCAGCAAAUCAUGAAAACAAUGCCGGUGCAAGCAACGCACGUUCAUUGAACACAAAUGCGCCCGCACAGGGAUCACAAAAAUAUUCCGCUCAAAGUCGCUUGAAUAAAUAUCGAGAAUCGCCUGGACAGGGUCAUGGACAUGAACAAAUCCCGGCCAAGAACAACAGCGACAUUGCUACCGACUUUCAAUAUCUACAGGGAAUCAUCGUGCGGCUCACCGCCGACCCGGGUCACUUCGAAGAAGUGAUUGACAUAUUCAUGCAAACAUUACACAUACAUCUACACAGUUCUGAAAUGAUGCAACAGCUCUGCACUUUUAUCUUCACCAACGCCAUAGAAGAGCCAAGCUUUCGUUAUAAUGCCGCUCGACUCUGUGUGCUCAUACAAGAUGAAUCACUUAUAUUCAGACAGCUGCUGAAAGAUCUCUGUGUGAAGGAAGUGGAGAAGAACAGGCAGCAGCCAGGAUUCACAUUGUUCCUUGCUGAGUUGUACUCACAAGGCAACCAAAGCAAUUGGAAGAUGUUAUAUGUUGCUGUGAACAAACUGAUUUCACUUGGUGGAGAUGAGAAAGUCAAGACUGCUUGCCAGACUUUGAAGUUGGCAGGGUAUGCAAUGGAGAAUUUCGAUAAGGGAAUGAUGGAAGAUCUCCUCGAGUUGCUAGAGACCAAAAAACCGUUUGUGCAGAGGAAUAUCAGCACAUUGAUUGAGAGCGUGAUGAAUUUACGCACACACAAAUGGGGGCAUAGUAUUAGCGCGACAAAUUUAACCGAAGGUUCAAGUGGAUCUUCAAAUAGUAUGCCGAAUGGCUUCAUGAGCGAUACUUUCUACGGACCCGGCGGGGAAGAAUUAACAGAGGCUGAACGAAGGUUCCUUGACGGUGAAAUGGAUGACUUUGAUGAUCCUGAUGAAUUGUACGAUCCCGAGCCGGAGAUGGACGAGGAAAUUCAAGCCGCGUUUCGGGAAUUCGUCAAAAUGGGCAAAUAAACACACAUCAUAAACAUAUACCAUUGACAAAUUUUACAUGCGAUGACAAGAGACGUAUUUUUAUUGUGUUUAUAUACUAUUUGUUUUAUAACUAUACUCACUGUAAUAAUAUUGGUCUAUGAUAUGUUCCUGAGUGUGGUACAGUUGUGUUUGGAGGCGGAGGGGCGUUUUAUACAAUACAUAUUAGUCGUGUAUGUAAUUUUAAGAUAUGAUAGUCAAUUUUCGACUGGGGAUAUGUGAACAAACAAGCAAAAAAAUAAUAAAACGAACAAAACCUACAUAAAAAUCAUAAAAUCGAGAAAACAAACAAAAAAUUUAAAUAAACACGUAAAACCACUUUGAUGGAAUUAUCGAACUUCGGAUCCUAUUGAAAACGUUUUAGGGAUGAUGGACGCCUAUUUAUAGGCAACCAGGGGCUGCUAAUAUAAUGCAUUGGUGGCGGGUGUACGUGUAUAAUCGAUAAAACUUUAUACGAGGUCUGGAAUCGUCAUGGAAACGCGUGUUUCCAUGUUGAUCUGUUGAUUCCGGGGUACUGGUACAAAACUCACCCGGAAACGCGCAGUAUCUGCUAGAAUAUCACCGCGGUAUUAUAUCAUCAUCAAAAAGUGCGGAAAUGAAGCUGAAUAUUUCGUAUCCAGCCACUGGCUGCCAGAAACUCUUCGAAAUCGUACACGACCACAAAGUACGCAUAUUUUUCGAUAAACGUAUGGGAGCGGAAGUGCGUGCGGAUCCUUUGGGAGAUGAUUGGAACGGUUAUGUACUUAAAAUUACCGGUGGUAAUGACCGGCAAGGAUUUCCAAUGAAACAAGGUGUCCUCACUAAUGGCCGUGUGAGAUUAUUAAUGGGUCCAGGGCAUUCCUGCUAUCGACAGAGGAGAGAUGGCGAACGUCGUAGGAAAUCUGUGCGUGGAUGUAUAGUCGAUGCAAAUCUGAGCGUUUUAAGUUUGGUGAUAGUACGCAAAGGUGAACGAGAUAUUCCUGGUUUGACUGAUAUCAGUAUGCCGAGGAGAUUAGGCCCGAAAAGAGCGAAUAAGAUCCGCAGGCUGUUUAGUUUGACGAGUGAAGAUGAUGUGCGGCAUUACGUUGUAAAACGACCCGUGGAAAGAACAGAACAACAAGAACAAGAAGGCAAAAAACAGAGAUUCAAAGCACCAAAGAUUCAGAGGCUGAUCACGCCGCAACGACUACAGAGAAAAAGGCACCGCUUGGCGCUGAAAAAGCGCAGGUGUCUUGAUAAAAAGGAAAAAGAGAACGCAUACAGGAAGAUUUUGGCGCAAAGACACAAAGAAACAAGAAUGAAGCGCGAGGAAAUGCGUCGACAUCGAAGUUUGAGUUCGCAUUCGAAGCAAUCUAACGAUUCCAAAGAUAGAGAUAGUAAAAGUAGCGAUGUAGUCGAUACAGCUUAAUUAAUAUUCAGAAUACGUAAUACUUCUAAGAAUUAUAGGUUUAUAUAGAAAUAGGUGGCUAUACUUACAUGAAUUUGUUGUUAUUCACUUUAAACUGGUAAUUUAGUUGAAUCUGUAACGGCCCUUUUAGUUAUAAUGGCGGAAUAAACGGAAUAAACAACUUUUUAGCA